UAGUUUGCUUUUGUAUUAGUAACAGCUGUGAAGGCCGUUUCAUGCCUUUUGCUUUUGUAGUCAAGGCUCAAACAAAGGUGUGUGUGUGAGAGAGGUCUUGAUGAGCUGAGCUGAGCUAGCUUUAUUUUCCCAAACUAAAACCAACUUGGCAUGGUUUCCUUUCUUUCUUUCUUUAUGUCCUGUUGUUUCUGUUUGGGUUUCUCUCUUUCUCUCUCUAUAGCUCUCUCUCUCACACACAAAUCUAGCUGCUGUGCUUAACCGCCUAGCUUAUUAGGCUAGCUUCUUAGAUUAGCAAAGCUAGCUGCUGGCUUAAAGGUACAAGGGUUUGAGGGCAACUUUUCCCUCUUUUUCUCUCAGCCCCUUCAGUUAAAGUAGAGACUGGACAAGGAUUUCUGGUGUUUUCCAUAUGUUAAAGCAGAAGAAGAAGCAGCAAGAGAGCAAAGAGCUGGUGGGAUAUGAGAAGCAGGCUCUUAUACAAGGAUGAUCACAAUUUCGUACAAGACGGUUACAAGUUGAUGAGUUUUCGAGAAAGAAGAUAGCAGCAUCUUAAUCAUAUAUUUCUUCACACAAGGUUGAAAUAAUGAACAAGAGUAAUAUCAGAAGCUCUGAUCUCAUUGAUGCCAAGCUUGAAGAACACCAGAUGUGUGGAUCGAAGCAGUGCCCCGGUUGUGGACACAAACUUGAAGGAAAGCCGGACUGGUUAGGUCUACCAGCAGGAGUGAAAUUUGACCCAACAGACCAAGAACUGAUUGAACACCUUGAAGCAAAGGUAGAAGCCAAAGACACAAAGUCUCACCCUUUGAUUGAUGAGUUCAUUCCUACCAUUGAAGGAGAAGAUGGCAUUUGUUACACCCAUCCUGAAAAACUUCCUGGAGUGACUAGAGAUGGGUUGAGCAGGCACUUCUUCCACAGACCCUCCAAGGCUUACACAACCGGGACAAGAAAGAGGCGAAAAAUCCAAACAGAAUGUGACCACUUGCAAGCCGGCGGGGAGACACGGUGGCACAAGACCGGCAAAACCAGGCCGGUGAUGGUGAAUGGCAAGCAAAAAGGGUGCAAGAAAAUCCUGGUCCUCUACACAAACUUUGGGAAGAAUCGAAAACCAGAGAAGACAAACUGGGUGAUGCACCAGUACCAUCUGGGCCAGCACGAGGAGGAGAAGGAAGGGGAGCUCGUAGUUUCGAAGAUAUUCUAUCAGACGCAGCCGAGACAAUGCAACUGGUCGUCCGAGAGAACAAGUGCUGCAAGUGCAAGUUUAACUGGUGAAGGAAGUAGUGAUUUGAGAAGAGAUAGUGGUGGUAGUGGGAGUUGUACUUCUUCUAAGGAAAUAAUAGUAUCCCAUAAUACUCAUCUUCGGGAUCAGCAUGAUCAAAUGUCCGCAGCAGCAGCAGCUCAAGUUAAUGUCAUUGCUCAGCCAUUAACAAGUUACAAUUCCAUAGAUAUGCAUCAGUUGAAGUCCGACCAUUUCAGCUUUGUCCCAUUCAGAAAAAGCUUCGAUGAGGUGGGGAUAGGAGAGGCUUCAACGGCAAGGGAACCCAGCAUUGCAUCUGGCACGUGCGAAGAGCUGCGUGAGAGACCACAGCUUCAUCAUGUGGCACAUGAUCAACUGCUACAUCAUCACCAACAUCAACAACAAGUACACCAUGAGCAACAGCAACAUCAGCAUGGCCAAUCACAUCAUCAACAACAAAUAGCAACGGCGGCCAGCUUUCACAUCAGUCGGCCUUCACACCCCAUUUCCACAAUCAUCUCUCCGCCUCCUCUUCAUCACACCGGCACCUCCAUCAUUCUCGAUCAGGAUGCGUACCAUGUCUCCCGAUCAAUAAUGCUCCAAAACGAACAUUUCCAGCAGCAGCAACAACAACAGCAGCAACAGCAGCAACAACAACAUCAUAAACAGAUGGGAGGGAGGUCAGCAUCUGGCUUGGAGGAGCUCAUAAUGGCCUGCACUUCAUCGAGUAAUGUCAAAGAAGAGUCAUCAUCCAUGGCAAACCCUCAAGAGGCAGAGUGGAUGAAGUACUCUUCAUUCUGGCCUGACCCUGACAACCCAGAUCAUCAUGGAUAGGCGCGAGAGCAAAAGCAAAAAGAAAAACGCAAUAGAGAAUAAAAACAAAGACAACGUCAUCAUCAACAUGAAUAGUAUUUUGAAGCCACAACCCUCUGGAUCAAGUUGCUUUCACAUUCAAACGUGAGGCCAGGAGACCAUAACCAGGCAUUGAUGGACCAUAUAUGGUUUGCUAGCUCUUUUGCUUUCUUUUUCUCUCUAUCUAUAUUCUCUUGGCUCUCAACUGAAUUGAACUAACUAAGCAACGGUCCAUGUUUUGGGAAAGAAAGAGAGAAAAGAGAACAAAAGGGAAAAAAAGAAAAAGAAGGUUCAAAGAAAAGGCUGCUCCUCUCUUCUGACAAGUAUAUAGAAGGAGAGAACCAAAGACCCAAAGCAAAGCAAAUCCAGUCCUAGCUUCCUGCAUGAAAAUCAUCACCAUUAUCAUUACACCAUAUAUAUCAUCUUUAUAUAAGCUAGCCUAUUCUUAUUAUUAUUUUAUUAUUUCAUUAUGUUUGUAUAAUGCUCCUUUCUUGUUCUUUACAGAGGAAAUACCAAAGAGUUUGCGCCAAUUGCAACAUAGACAUUGUUAAUUGUACUUUGGUUAGUCACUUUGUUACUUAAAUAUGAAUUGGGGUUUCAUAUUGUUUCCCUUUAUAGAAAUCAAAAUGUGUUAAUUAA